UGCCCGAGAAGACAUGACCAAGUGAACGCUCUGCAGACAAUUGGUUGAAGAAUAAGCAGAAGAAGAUGGUGAAAGUGGCCACAUUCUUCGCGAUGUCUCUUGGUGCCUUCAUCUUCUGGCAGUCCAUGGACAAAGUCCAUGUCUGGAUCGCUCUCCACCAAGACGAGAAGAAAGAGAGGAUGGAGAAGGAAGAAGAGAUAAGGAGGGUCCGGGAAGAACUUCUGCAGCAGCAGGCGAGAGAAAAAGAUCCACUCUCGUAAUUGGUUUCUUGAAAAGUUUUUAUGUUUGUGGCGCGGUGAUGGAUCAUUGCUUCUCUGAAUUUCUGUGCUCUGAUAAGAACUCUGGUCUUAGAUGCAUGCAUUUGAUCGUCAACUAUGCUCCUGCCUGGAGUUAGCAUUGUACUCAUUUUCUGUAUCUAAUGCAUGUUUAAUAAGUUUAGUGUUCUUGAA